ACCAAACGCAACACCACAGCACGUACGCACCACCUUGAUCAAGCUGCCCUGAGGUCAUCAUCACUCAAAGUAAGAAAGAGGGUAGCGACCGACAAGCCAGGGGACGCAGGCACGUAUACCUUGUUACUUACACACAGCAAGAAGUGAGCGAAGAUGUGCGGCGGUGCAAUCCUCGCCGAGCUCAUACCGAGCGCGCCGCCCAGGAGCGUCACGGCGGUCCACCUCUUGCCCAAGCGGCCGAGGGUCGACGACUUCGAGGCUGCUUUCAAGCGCUUCGACGAGGACUCUGCGGAGGAGGAGGUGCUCCAGCGCGCGGGCUUCGAGUUUGGCGCCCACAGGCAGCCGGCAGCGAGGCGCGGUGGCAGUAGUCCGGCACAGUACAGGGGCGUCCGGCGCCGGCCGUGGGGCAAAUGGGCGGCAGAGAUCCGCGACCCCGUCAAGGGCGUCCGGGUCUGGCUCGGCACCUUCCCCUCCGCCGAGGCCGCCGCGCACGCCUACGACGACGCCGCCCGCGACUUCCGCGGCGCCAGCGCCAGGCUCAACUUCCCCUCUUCGUCCACGAGCGCACCCAAGCGCCACGUGGCCGCGAAGGCGACGCCGUGCCUUGUUAUUGACCUCGUCGACGACGAAGAGGGUGAUGCUGGAGCAGCGGAUGCCGGCGGGAUGAGUUCCGAAUCAAGCGGCGCCCUGCCGGACUUCUCGUGGCAGGGCAUGUCCGCGUCCGACGAGGUCAUGGCGCAAUAUGUCCAUGCUGAAGUGGAGUCCAGCCAGUCCGUCGUCGACCUGGCCAGCCCCAAGAAGCGGCCCCGGAUCGAAGCCGACGCGGUUCUGCCGGCAGCGUCCGACGACUCCGCCAACCAACUGUUAGAUCCUUUCAUGUUCGAUGACCAAUUCGGUUUCUUGGACAGCAGCUCGUACGAGUGGCUGGAUAGCCUGUUCGGCGCCGAUGCCGAGAAGAUCGACGACAGCCAGCUGGGGCUCUGGAGCUUUGGCGACGAUGACUGUCUCGCGAGGACAGCGCGCGCGUGCAAGUAGAGUAGUACUGUAUCAUCAAAGACAAAAGGAUACGUACGACACUCGCAAGUGUUUGAGGCUCCCCCCACACCUUGUUGAUGAUCUCGCUUUCAUCAAAGAAAUUAAAACACCUUGUUGAUGAUGUAAAAACUUCGUUGUUUUGGGAUUGCAAAAUAUCUGUCAACUGAGACAUAGCAAAGUCUCAAUCAAUACUAUAUUCGUGAGAUCUUACAUGAA